GUCUUGAGCUGGCUGUGGACAGCUUUGCGGUGCACUUUUUCAGUGCAGGUGACAUGGAGGCUGCAGUGAUGAGCUGGAACGUUGUUCAGGCCACCUUGCGACAGACGUCGAGCAAACUGAGCGACUUCUUGGUCUUGCUCGCUUCCUCCUGCAUCGCGGCGCUGAUCCUGUUUGCAUACCAGGUCACAUCUAUGACGUUAUCAGAUGAGAGAGUGGCGGUGCUUGACAUCGUCAUGUGGACGGGGUGGUUGUAUUCUCCCCUGCUCCUGUUCCUCUACGUCCUGUCUACAUCAGCAGCCGUCACCGAGAAGGUCGAUCGACUGGUACCUUUGGUGAACUCCUGGUCGUUCGAUGGCCAAGCGGUCCUCGACGAAACGCGGCAGUAUGUGGUGCAAUACAUCUUGCACAGCCGUGCGGGAUUCUAUGCUCGAGGUAUCCGAAUUACGGCAUCAAAUGUGCAGAAGCUCAGCUACUACUUCGCAGCGGGCUCGUUCGGGCUCCUCGCCAACCUAUGGCAGUGA